GAGGGAUGGAUGGAGCGGCGGCGGCCGGGCCGGGCUGGGCCCGCGGAGGGUGGAGAUUUCUUGCCUUGGGAGUGAGCUGAAUGGGGCUCCCUUAGACAAAGGGUCCCAGUCAGCAUUCCAGGCUCCAGACGCGUCCAGGGACUUUUCAUUCUUUGUCUGAAAGGGCAGCGGUGCCGUUCCCAUUAGAGCGAUGCCUGACGGAGCCGGUGCCGCCGGCGAGCGAGGAGCUGCGGCAGCUGAUCGGCUUUCAAAUCACCUUCAAUCCUCGAUUUCCUCGACAUGAUCCCUCCAUCGGGCCAGUCUCCGGGGCACAGCCGGGGGGCUUCGCCGGGAGGAAAAUAACCCGGUGACAGCCAGCUCUGGAAAAACCCCCGGUCACGACGACGGGGCUCAAAAUCCACCUUCCCCACCACUCCAGGACUUUUUUAGACUCUGGCAGUACCUUUGCACGGCCUCACCCUGCAGCCCGCGCUGUGAUUUCGGGGCACCCAUCUGCUCCCCAGGAUCCAGCACCAAUCCAGAGGGGGUGAAGCCCCCCUUGGAGCAUCCCUGGGGCCGGAGAGCAGCUUCCCCGCGGCGCCGGCUGCCGGGGGAGGGAUGAAGACGCUAUGGCCAAGCUAUUGGUAAAACUCCAGCGGUACUUUCGGCGGAAACCCGUGCGGUUCUUCACGCUGCUGGCUCUGUACCUGGCGGCCGGCAGCUUGGUUUUCCUGCACUCCGGCUUUUCCGGGGAGCCCACGGUCCCGGGGAGCCCCCGCGGCCCCGCGGGGGGAGAGGGGCCGGGGCUGCCCUACCUGGGGGUGAUGCAGCUGAGCCGCGGCUUCAAGGCGGCGGUGACGAUGCCGGGGAGGGCCCGGCGACACGGCCACUGGUUCAAAAGCACCUCCAAGGAACCGGCAGAGAGGGGAAAAGCCAGGGACAACGGCGGCACCCGGAGUCGGGCACUCAGGGGCAGGAGCGGCCGCGAGAAGGAGGAGGACAGAGCACGAUACAUCGGCUGCUACGUGGACAACACUCGCCAGCGGACCCUGCGUGGGAUGUCCUUCUUUGACUACAAGAAGAUGACAGUCUUCCGUUGCCAGGACAACUGUGCCGAGCGGGGGUACCUCUAUGCAGGACUGGAAUUUGGGGCCGAGUGCUACUGUGGGCACAAAAUCCAGGCGUCGAACGCCAGCGAGUCCGAAUGCAACAUGGAGUGCAAGGGGGAGCGGAGCAACACCUGUGGUGGGAUCAACCGCCUCUCCAUCUACCGCCUGGAGCUGGCCCAGGAAUCCGCCAGGAGAUAUGGCAGUGCCAUAUUCCGGGGGUGCUUCCGCCGACCGGACAACGUGUCCAUCGCCCUGCCCGCCAGCCAGCUCAUGCUCAACAUGUCCGUGGACAAGUGUGUGGACUUCUGCACUGAGAAGGAAUACCCGCUGUCGGCCCUGGCAGGGACCUCGUGCCACUGUGGAUUCCCCACGACGCUGUUCCCGCUGCACGAGCGCGAGGACGAGCAGCUCUGUGCCCAGAAAUGCCCCGGAGAGGAGUUCGAGAGCUGUGGCACUGCUGAAUUCCUCCUGGUCUACCAGACCCAGGUGCAAGACAACCGCUGCAUGGACAGGAGGUUUCUCCCCACCCGUGCCAAGCAGCUGGUGGCCCUGGCCAGCUUCCCUGGAGCUGGCAACACCUGGGCACGGCACCUCAUCGAGUUGGCCACCGGCUUCUACACCGGCAGCUACUACUUUGACGGGUCUCUCUACAACAAAGGAUUCAAGGGCGAGCGGGACCACUGGCGCAGCGGGAGGACGAUUUGCAUCAAGACCCACGAGAGUGGCCAGAAGGAGAUCGAGUCCUUCGACUCUGCCAUCCUGCUCAUCAGGAACCCCUACAAGGCCCUGAUGGCCGAGUUCAACCGCAAGUACGGGGGACACAUCGGCUUCGCCGCCCACGCCCACUGGAAGGGCAAAGAGUGGCCGGAGUUUGUGGCCAACUACGCGCCGUGGUGGGCGACCCACACCCUCGACUGGCUGCGCUACGGGAAGAAGGUGCUGGUGGUGCACUUUGAGGACCUGAAACGGGACCUCUUCGUGCAGCUGCAGCGGAUGGUGGGGCUGCUGGGCAUCACUGCCUGCGAGGACAGGCUGCUCUGCGUCGAGGGCCAGAAGGACGGCAACUUCAAGCGCUCCGGCUUGAGGAAACUGGAGUACGACCCCUACACCCCCGAGAUGAGGAAGAUGAUCAGUGGCUACAUCAAAACAGUGGACACGGCUCUGAAGCUCCGGAACCUGUCGGGGGUCCCGGAUGAUUAUUACCCGAGAUGAUGGUGAUAAUGGUGGAGGGACCUGACCCUGUUCCCGACC